AUGUCGGAGACUCAGCUUCGCACUCGUGCACACGCAGGUGUUGAAUAUGCCCUCCAGUCGGAGAAACUGUCCCUCGAGUCCUCCAGUCAGACUGUCGACGGUGAGGACCAUGGCGUCGCCGUUGAAGCCAAAUUCAUCACCCCCCUAGACCCGGUCAUCGAAACCGCGGACGGCAACAGAUUGCCUUCUGUCCCUGUUCCGGAGGCGCACAAGAUCAAUUUACUGAAACACAAGGCUGAAGGCCGAUCGUACCGUCCCACCCCAGUGCGACCAAGAGGGCUGAGCAGGUUCAACUUGGGUGAAGAUGCGAAGCCUACACAGGCGGAGCAGGAAGUACAAGCAGAUGCUGCUCAAGAGGAAGAGAAACAAGCGGACCGUGAAAGCACAGAUACCCAUCUGGACGAGGCAAUCCCGCCGUCGCAUACACACCCUCUCUUCCCUCCCCUCCCUUUGUAUGGGCCUCCAUCGUUCACACGUCAACUACAAUGUGCAAUUUUCCGGACCACGUCCUUCUUUCUAUCAAACGCUUUCUUAGCUGUUAUUGUUCUGGGGGCGGUCUUCACCUCCAUCCCAACGCUGUUACAUCGCUGUUGGCUGUGGUUGACAUUUCGCAAUCCCGAUUCUCAAAGACCCUUCUACGACGAAGAACUCAAGCGGGCGGAAAUACGCAAACAGCAAGACGCUCAAUGGCUCACGAGACAACGAAAGUCCGGACAGACUCAGCCUGACAAGGCGAGGCUGCCGUCACUCUCAAAUGAUACCUACGAACCACUCGAGGGCGGGCCUGACAAGCUUAUCUGCGACAUUCGCUACUAUGCGCGUCGAGUUGGGCUAGACGCGGAAGAGUUUAAAGUGCAAACCGAGGAUGGCUUCAUUAUCACACUGUGGCACGUUUACAAUCCCACCGAAUAUACACCAGCCACCGAGUCUGUGCGGAAGCCCACCUCUCCUGAAGUAUUCACUGGUGAGGGAGACGGUCUUCAUGGACACGUGCAGCAGCAGUACCACGACGGCAAUCGGAGAUACCCAGUGCUCCUGAUUCAUGGCCUGCUGCAAAGCGCCGGGGCGUAUUGCACAAAUGAUGAUGGCAGUUUAGCUUUCUUCCUCUGCAAAUCUGGCUACGAUGUAUGGUUGGGCAACAAUAGAUGCGGGUUCAACCCUGAGCACAGCCUCCUGCAGUACAACGACCCACGGAUGUGGGCCUGGAAUAUUCGACAGAUGGGUGUCAUGGACCUACCGGCGCUGAUGUCACGGGUGCUUGAGGAGACCGGCUUCGAAAAGCUCGGUCUAGUUUGUCAUAGUCAGGGCACGACGCAGACCUUUGUGGCACUGGCGAAAGAGCAGCGACCCGAUCUAGGGGACAAGAUUAGUGUGUUCUGUGCUCUUGCACCGGCCGUGUAUGCCGGGCCGUUGAUCGGGAAGAUGUACUUCAAGUUCAUGCGGGUGAUCUCACCAGGCAUGUUCAGAGUCUUCUUCGGCAUCCACAGUUUCAUACCCUUCAUGCUCACCAUGCAUCGAAUAUUGCCAGGCAAACUUUAUGGCGCGAUGGGAUAUUUGGUAUUCUCUUUUCUCUUUAACUGGACCGACACUCGGUGGGACCGAGGACUACGAGACCGACUAUUUCAAUUCUCACCCGUGUACGUGAGUGCCGAGAGUAUGCGAUGGUGGCUGGGUCGCGAAUGCUUCGCGAAACACAAGUGCGUGCUGGCUACUCAGGAGGAAGGGCACCAGGAGGAGAUAGAAGACGAAUCCGAGGAAGAACAGCAAGAAGAUUGCAUGGCGCAGCGAUCCGACCGGGCCAAAACUGCGUGGUAUGACGAACACGUUCCGCCGAUGGCCUUGUGGGUAGCUGGGAGCGAUGACCUGGUCGACGGAAGGAGGCUCCUGAGGAGAUUCGAGCGAGGCCGUGAGCCCCACGUGAAUGUGGUGCACAGCAAGGUAAUUGAAGAGUAUGAGCAUCUCGACGUGAUUUGGGCUUUGGACGCAGUAGAGCAAGUCGGCAAGGAAGUUCGAGAUGUCUUGUGGAAGACGAUGCCAGAGGAGGCGAAAAAGAUUUGCAGAACGAUAUCCGGCGUGGACAACAGCGAUCCAGACGCUGAUCCCGGAAGCCCAAAAUCGGAGGCGCAGGAGGAGAAAUCACCAUGA